AGCAGCAGCAUGGACAUUACCAUCCAGCACCCCUGGUUCAAGCGUGCUCUGGGACCCCUCAUUCCAAGCCGUUUGUUUGACCAGUUUUUUGGAGAGGGUCUCCUCGAGUAUGACCUCCUGCCUCUGUUCUCGUCCACUAUCAGCCCCUACUACAGGCAGUCCCUCUUCCGCAGCGUGCUGGAGUCGGGCAUUUCAGAGGUGAGGUCUGAUCGGGACAAGUUCACAAUCAUGCUGGAUGUAAAACACUUCUCUCCCGAAGACUUGAGCGUGAAGAUUAUUGAUGACUUUGUGGAAAUCCAUGGCAAGCACAGUGAAAGGCAGGACGACCACGGCUACAUCUCCCGGGAAUUCCACCGCCGGUACCGCCUGCCCGCCAACGUGGACCAGGCUGCCAUCACCUGCUCGCUGUCCAACGAUGGCAUGCUGACCUUCUCGGGCCCCAAGGUCCCCUCCAACAUGGACGCCAGCCACAGCGAGAGGCCCAUCCCCGUGUCCCGGGAGGAGAAGCCCAGCUCGGCGCCCUCCUCCUGA